AUGUCCAGAAAGCGGGUGUACAGAGAAGAAUUCCUUGACAUUGGGUUUACGCUUCUCAUCGAUCAUGGGGUCGAAAAACCUCAAUGCAUUAUAUGUGGCGAAGUGCUCAGCCACGAGUCGCUCAAAGAAAACAAGCUCAGGCGCCAUCUUCAGGGAAAGCAUCCGACGCUGGCAGAGAAAGGCCGCCAGUAUUUUAAGAGGAAAGAAGAACAACUGAAGCGUCAGCGGUUAGACACCCCUAUGAACACAGCAGAGUUUUCUGUUCGGCAAGCAACAAUUGCAUCCUAUCUGGUUGCAAAAAGAAUUGCCAAGUGUAAACAGCCACACACAAUUGGGGAAAAUUUGGUGAAGCCAGCAGUCCUUGAUAUGGUUCGCACUGUUAUCGGAGAUGAUGCAGUGAAAAAUAUUUAA